AUGGAACCUCAAGAGUUCGUUCUCAAUCAUCCCCAUUUUUUCAAGCCCAUCCCGCUAAUUUUGACAGAAUAUGUCGUUAUUUUGCGAGAAACGCACAUAGCAAAUGGAGAGAAACCCUCUCGUACCCAGGGAAAACCUUCAUGGCCGUCCGGCAGCUUGUCUAACUCGGGGAGAGAGUUUCGAUCUUGGAAGCAUAGUAUUCCCCUCAACAGCGAAACCGUAUUGUCUAGCGGCAAGCUUGCUUUGGUAUUUCAAAAAGCGCAUCAACUUAUUGAGAUUGAUGUUAGUGUUCGUCAAGCAGUCAUUCAGAAGCUCUCUGAGGACGGUGGUCUUGGUUGUAUCAAGAUGCUGGUCGAACAGAACUUUGAACAACUUCCUACAAGCACGAAGGAACACUUAUUCCAAACUCUAUUUCUUCCCCUCCUGAAAACUAUCUCCCAUCCCGACGUGUUACAAUCGUUGAUACUCGAACGGCCGGUCGGAACCAUUUACAAUUUUUUGUUUGGAGUAGGAGGAAUCAGAGCCUCAAAGCUUCUGACCUUCUGUUCCGAAGUUCUCAUGCAUUGUACAAAAGAUGAGUCUACCUUGGAGUGGUUAGAUGCUUCUGUUUUGGUGUUCUCGCGAAUUGUGGAUCUCAAUUCCACAGCCCUUGUUCAGUAUCUCUCAAGAAUUGUGCGAUCACGAGUGCAUUUAGAGCGCUUACUCCGCCGCUUUGAGGUGGGUGUCUCACUGCCAAACAUGGCUCAAAACAAUGUAUCUCAAGGGCCAAAAGUGCGAGGCUCUUUCGUCAUUGCAUACGACCCCCCCGGUGGCCGCCAUGACAAUGACCACACAGACAUCUGCCAGAUUCGCAUUAUGCCAACCUUUCAAGAGAUUUCCAGUCGCCGUCACGAGUAUCUUCCACCGUUCGACCCAACACAAUGGCAUGUCAAUGGCUUUCACGGACUUCUGGAUCGCAACUUCCGUUUGCUGCGCGAAGAUACCGUCGGCCUGCUCCGAGAUGCUAUCCACUCCGAGAUUCAGCCAUCACGAAGCGUCCUGAAUCACAAAAGCCAACAACGUACUAAUGAAUGUGAACAUGUCCAAACGUCUGCAAUCUGGGGCUUUGGUCUGCCUCAUCUGCAGAGAAACUCUGUGGUUUUCUGUACUGUCAUCAACCCGCAAGCUACGGCGCAUAAGCGACAAGGACAGAAUGAUAACAAAUCUCAGCACAGGGGUUCGGAUUUUUUAUGGAAAGAUUCUCAAGAAGCCGCCGUCUUUCUGCAAUUGACCAGCUUGAACGACAGAAGUAUUGAAAUGGUUCUGAACAACUACACCACAAAAGACUCGCACAUCGCUCUUGUGGAAUUUCCAGGUGUUCUUCUACCAGCGUUUGAACCAACACUGAAAGCACUUCAGUUGAUGAAAAGAAUUGAUAAUCUUCCGUUUUCUGAACUGCUGAUCCCCAACAGCACUCAUGCCGGAUCUCCAACCUAUGCCGCCCCUCUCUACGCAGCCGAACCUGGGUUUCAGUUCAAUCUGCGAUGCCUGAUGAAUGAUAACAGUGACUUUUUCGUUCGUGUCGGCCAUCCUACCGAUUUGCAAAAGCUGCGUCAGAAUUCGAGUUUGGAUGGUGCACAAGCAUCUGCCCUUAUCCACACGCUGCAACGAAAGAUCGGUCUGAUUCAGGGUCCACCUGGAACCGGCAAAAGCUACACAGGCGUUGCUCUCAUCAAGGUUCUAUUGGCCAACAAGGGACGUGGAAAGAAAAGCCUAGGUCCAAUUAUUUGCGUUACCUAUACAAACCAUGCGCUCGAUCAGUUGUUGGAGUCUCUUUUGCAAAAGGAUGUCACAAAACAGAUCGUUCGCAUGGGGGGACAGUCGAAGUCCGAAAGCCUGAAACCCUACAAUCUCCACGAGCUUGCCAGGAACUUCAGUAAAACAAAGAUGGAAAAGGGCAGUCUGUGGAUUUGUCAUAGUUCCUUAGAGAGAUGCGAGAAGGAGUUCGACCAAAUUGGUCUUCGAGAUGAUAUCUCGCCGACGCGUGUGAUGACCCAUUUACGCGACAGCUACCCUGCACAUUACAAUCAGCUGUUCGGAAUUGACGAAGAUGGUUUCCAGCAUGCACAUAAAGAUAAUCCUGGAAAAGCGUUCGAUCAAUGGCGGAAGUCAGGUGGGAAAGCCUCCACGAGGCACAUUCGACGUGUCGCACAGCUUGAAUCGGUCUCUCUCUGGCAAAUGUCACAGCCUGAGCGAGAGAGUCUCUACAAACAUUGGCAGGCACAAAUUCAAGACGAGAUGCAUCAGGAGUUGAUCAACAUAUGCAUUUCUCAUAAAGACACUAGACGUGAGUUCGACAAUAUCCUGAGCGAAGUAGAUCUGCGUUGCCUCAGUCAAGCCGAUGUCAUUGGUGUCACGACGACUGGAUUAGCCAGAAAUCUCAAUAUGCUUCGAAGAUUAAAAUCAAAAGUUGUACUAUGUGAAGAAGCAGGUGAGGUACUCGAGCCGCAUCUUCUUACUGCUUUACUCCCAUCAGUCGAGCAUGCCAUCCUUAUUGGCGACCAUUAUCAGCUCCGUCCGCAGGUUCAGAAUUAUGAGCUCUCUCGCGAGAAUAAGAAUGGUGGAGAGAGAUACUCAUUGGAUGUAUCGCUUUUUGAACGUCUUGUUGAAAUAGACAGUGCCAUGGGCUGCGUCUGCAUACAGUACGUGCAGACCCAACGACGGAUGCAUCCGUCAAUUGCUCAGCUUGUGCGUGAGACAUUGUACCCGCAGCUUCAGGAUGCUCCCUCGGUAUCUGACUAUCCUCAAGUCAGGGGAAUUCGGAAGAUAUUGUUUUGGUUGGAUCACCGCGAACCAGAGGGCAACCCAUCAAAUGCGGAGGCAUCAGCGACGUCGCGAUGGAACGAUUACGAAGUUGAAAUGACUACUGCCCUAGUCAACCACCUGGUUUGCCAGGGACAGUAUGGCAGUGGCGAAAUAGCCGUCUUGACACCCUACCUGGGUCAGCUGCAAAAAUUGAGGCGGAGACUGGGCAGGUCAUUUGCAAUCACUUUAGGAGAUCGGGACCAAGAUGAUCUCGACAAGGCUGGUCUCCAAGAAGAUGAGGAGCUGGCCUCAACUCCCAUCGCAGUAAAAGGAACACUUCUUCAAAGCCUGCGGGUAGCCACAAUCGAUAACUUCCAGGGAGAGGAGGCGAGUGUGGUGGUAAUUUCACUGGUGCGCAGUAAUCCGCAAAACAAAUGUGGUUUCCUCCGUACUUCCAACCGAAUCAACGUUCUUCUUUCUCGAGCAAAGCAUGGCAUGUACAUAAUCGGAAACUCGAUAACCGCAAUGCAUGUCCCGAUGUGGGCUGAUGUCAUCAAUAUCUUCCAGCGCAACGAGAAUAUUGGCACAAGCUUGGAGUUGCAAUGCCCACGCCAUCCCGAAACUCUAAUCACUGUAUCAAAACCGGAUGAUUUUCCACGGGUCUCACCAGAAGGUGGAUGUGAUCUGCGUUGCAUUAAACGUUUGUCGUGUGGACAUGCAUGCAUUCAGAAAUGUCAUUCGGAGAUCCUCCACAAUGCUGUUCAAUGCCUAGAAACUUGUCAGCGACCACGAGAGGGUUGCUCUCAUCCUUGUCCGAAGAAAUGUGGUGAAAAGUGUCCUUCCAAAUGUACAGAAAUUGUCUUUCAGGCGGAUAGGCAGCUUAGUUGUGGUCAUUUGGCGCAAAGGCUUCCCUGCUGGCAGAGCCAGGAUUUGUCGGCCUUCGAGUUGCAUGUCACGUUGAUGUCAGUUUGCUUCAAUACAGGUGUACUAUGCAAUGCGGGAGUGUAUUGGCAUGCGGCCAUUCGUGCAAAAACCAAUGUUUCAAGUGCUUCACAAGAACUGAGUCAGGGGAUGUCAGCACGGAUCAUGGAGUUUGUCGACAGAAAUGUGGCCGAAACCAGAAUACAUGCGCUCACAGAUGCGACACCCCUUGCCACGGUGAACAGCAAUGCCCACCAUGCCAGUCACCCUGCGAAGUUGACUGCGGACAUUCCAAAUGCGCGCGAAAGUGUUCGGAGCCGUGCACACCCUGCGCCGAAGAGAAAUGUCUUUCUUCAUGUCCGCACAUUGCUGGCAUGUGGACAUCAAUGCCCAUCAGUCUGCGGAGAGAUUUGCCCGCCUGAAAAAUAUUGUCAAAUCUGCGGCAGUGAAGAGAUCAAGGAUUACCCUGUCGACUUCAUUUUAGGAGAAUCAUACAAAGACAUCGACCUUGACGAUAACCCGUGUAUAUUCCCCAAAUGUGGGCAUUUCCUCACGACAGAAACCUUGGACGGACUGAUGGAUAUCGGCAAGUACUACGUGCUUGACGAACGUAGGAAACCGAGUAAAAUUUCCACUUCGUCAGAGCCGUUCUCCAUCAGCGAUAUCAAAACCUGUGCUACUUGUCGUGGACCGCUGAGGAAUAUUGCCAGAUACGGACGCUUGGUACGUCGGGCUAUUUUGGAUGAGUCUACGAAAAAACUGAUCUUAUAUCUGAACCGCGAGUACGUUCCUCUCGCGCAGGAGCUUCCGCAGCGGAAACAACAGUUGCAGGAUACCAAAAACGAAAGGUCCACUUCCUGGCCUAAAACCAUUAGAAUCAGAGAUGAACGAAAUGCACUAGUUCGGCACAUGCGACUUAUCAUCUCUCCCCAAAAAAACGGGAGGUGGAAAGAGAUUCUGGACCUGCGGCAGCGCAUCUCCACGUACCAGAAACGAGUCUCCCCAGAGGAGCAACCGUUCAUCAGAGUUCAUCAACUAGCCACAAAUGCACGCCGCCGGCAGAAUACUAUUAAUACUUCUGAUGAUUUUGGAGAUGUCAGUGAGGUCCUGCAAACUAAGGGUUUCCUCCAAGGAACGGCAUUGAGCCUUCGACUGGAUAUUGAAUUGCUAGCGGACUUUCUGGAGAUGCGUCGUAAUGCUCUUAAAGCUGGUGAAAUAAAAGUUGAUAUGGAUCUGUCAGCUAUGAGAACCGAAUGUGAAACAUUGAUCAAGAGUGCUUCUGAGUCAAAGCGUCCUCUCCAUAAGGCGGAGGGCUACAUAUUCCUUGCUCAACUCCACGCCUUUGAGCGAUCACACAGUUCAUCGCCCGAGAUGGCAGAACGACAUUUAAUAGAAGGGAAAGAAGCGAUCAAUGAAGCCAAGACACUUUGCAACGAAAAUCCUGGUCAAACCCAGGGUCUAGCAACCGAUAUUGAAGGCGCAGAGAAGAUGCUUCGCGGCACGACUUUUUACACAGCAGUAACCAAUGAAGAGCGCAUGGCUGUUAUCGCGGCCAUGGCUCGCGAGUUUAGUGGUACGGGCCAUUGGUAUUAUUGUCGCAAUGGGCAUCCGUUCACCAUUGGGGAAUGCGGUAUGGCGAUGCAGAGGGCUGUGUGUCCUGAAUGCGGAGAGCCAGUUGGAGGGCAGAAUCAUCAAGCUGUAGAGGGGGUCACACAUGCUAGAGAUCUGGAAGUUACGUUUGCGCAGAUGGGUUUGCAUUGA